AUGACAAUUCAUUUUCAUCCAGAAUGGUUAACAGUGAUUCCAGAAAAUCGAAAAUGGGCGAUUCUUCAUCAUAUUGUUUAUUCUGGUAAUAUUGAUCACCUUGACCAAGUACUUGCAUCACAAAAAUCGAAUAAGGAUUUUCGUCUAUUGAGUAAAACAACUGAGGGUGAAACUGUACUCGAUAUUGCUAAAUCACGUGAUGAUCUAUCUGAUAUGUUAAAACACAUUGAACGACUAGUUAAACUUGAUGAAUUACUGAAUUAUGCUAAAGAACGUAAUUGGAAUAAAUGUUAUGAGAUUGUUAAAGAAGAUCCAAGACUUGGUAAUGAAAAGCCACCUUAUCGUCUUUUCUAUUUAAUUCAUCAACUAGCUUAUGCUGAUGAAGUUGAGCAAUUUAAAAAAUUUCAAGAACUAGAAAAUUUUAAAUUUGAUCUAACUUUACGAGUUGAUCGUAAAAAAAUCAAUGAUAUUGCUCGAGAAGGUAAAGGUGAAAAAUUUGCUCAAUAUAUUGAAAAAACAUAUCCAUCAUUUUUUAAUACUGACAAUACCAAUGAUAAAUUAUAUGAACCAUCAAAACAAGCCAAAGAACAUACGAAUAAUAUAAAUGCUCUGAUAGAACAACGUAAUGUAUUUGAUGAAUCGAGUUUUUCAUUUGGUCCAGCACAAAAUCUUCUAACUCGAAAAGAAGCCGAUAAAAAAGUGAAACCAAAACUUGUAUCACCAUCCCCAACAACCGGUACAAUGAAACCUCUUCAACAACCUAUAGAUGCUAUACUUAGUUUUCUUACUUGUUCUCUUACACAAGCUAUCGUUAAAGAUCCUGUUGUUGCUGCUGAUGGAUUUACAUAUGAACGUACGGCAAUUGAAAAAUGGCUUCAAUCAAAUGAUCGUUCACCAAUGACAAAUGAAAAACUUGCUCAUAUAAAUUUAAAUCCAAAUUUAAUAGUUAAACGAAUUUUAGAUAGUUUUAGUCAAUAA